AUGGGUAAUAGCCCAGUUCACCUUGCUCCUGUCCCCGAACAAUUUCAACAAAUGAGAAAAGCAGAAACCGAGCAAAUGCGAAUUGUAAGCUGCAACCCGGAUGCAAUUACGACUGGCUGUGAAUGGGAUGAAAUGUGUAUUACUCGAGUCGAGGAUCCGACCAAAGGAUGGUGCAUAUCGUUAGUGCUCAGAGACAGUAUCCUCAACUCCUAA